GGUCUUCAUCCAACGAUGUUUCUUCUCCUUCUUCUUCUUCUUCUCCUCUGUCUGCUUCAUCACUUCAUUUGGUAGUUUGGACUAAUGGAGGCGACGAGCAGUCGGUUCGAAGGGAAGCGGAGCGCCAGGGAGCAGGCGAAGAAGGAAGUGGUGGUGGCAGUUGACGAUGACCCAGACGAGGAGGAGGAAGAGGAGGAUGAAGAAGAAGAAGAAGAAGCUAUGGGUUAUGAAGAUGAAAAGAAAAGGAGGCCAGCGGCAACAUUCUCCGCUGCUAAAAAGCGAUCCACCGGAGGUGGCGGUGGGGUGCCGCCGCCUAGCUGCCAGGCUGAGAAUUGCAACGCUGAUCUCACCAAUGCUAAGAAGUAUCAUAGCCGUCACAAGGUCUGCGAGCAUCACUCCAAGGCUCCCGUUGUUCUUGUUGCUGGCCUUCGCCAGCGCUUCUGCCAGCAAUGUAGCAGGUUCCAUGUGCUGUCGGAGUUCGAUGAAGCUAAGAGGAGCUGUCGAAGACGUUUAGCUGGACACAAUGAGCGACGGAGAAAGAGUUCAACUGACUCUCAUGGAGAAGGCUCCAGCCGCAAGGAAAACCAUUGCAUGCAGGACCACAGUGGGAGGAUUCCAGUAACCCUCCAAGGAAAUGCCACGUUUAAGCAUUUCCAUAUCAGAUAAGAUGG